AUGGGGGUGGUGCUAAUCGACGGGAACACGGUCCGCGACUUCGUGGCGAGCGAGGACCACUUCAACCGGAGCGUGGAGGAGACCUUCGCCCUCCUCGACGUCGACAAGGACGGCGUCCUGUCCCGGUCGGAGCUCCGCCGCGCGUUCGAGAACCUCCGCCUGCUCGACGCCGACUUCGGGGUCGACACGCCGACCAAGCCCGACGAGGUGACGAAGCUCCACAAUUCGAUCUUCGACAAGUUCGACGGCGACCACAACGGGACGGUGGACCUGGAGGAGUACCGGUCGGAGGUGCGGACGAUCCUGCUCGCCAUCGCCGACGGGCUGGGGUCCAGCCCGAUUCAGAUGGCGCUGGAGGAUCACGAUCACCAGAGCUUCCUCAGGCGAGCUGCCGAGCUCGAAGCCUCCAAACUCGCCAAUGUCAAUCCUUAG